CAAGCGCCGCUGCCGGGCACCCUCCAAAACAGCGGCUGAGCUCCAGCGAGGCCCGGCUGGGCGCUCGGGCGUGGCGGCCGCGGCUCCGCGCACUGGAGGAGGCAGCGCGCAGGGGAAGCGCCCGAGCAGCGACGUCAGCCUCCGGCCGCCUCCGGCUCCUCCGCUCGCUCCUCCCGCCGGUGGCAGCGCGGCGGCGGCGGCGCUACAUAAAGCCCGCCGCGCCGACCGUUUCUCUGGCUGGCCGGCAGUGCCCGGAGGCCGGAGCCCAGCGGAGCCCCCCCCCACGCCCCAGCCGCGCAGGAGGGACCCAGAGACGUCGGGGUGGCGGCAGAACAGCCCAGCUGAGCCGGGUGCGACGGUCACAGCCCCGGGGAGCGCAGGAGGCGGCGGCGGAGGAGAGCCUCCUCGCCCGGGACAGGCAUGGCCUUGGCCGACAGCGCCCGCGGGCUCCCCAACGGCGGGGGCAGCGGCGGCGGCGUCCGGAGCAGCGGCGGCGUCGGUCCUCGAGCCCCCGCGGCCUCUGAGCUGGCUUCUCCGCCGUCGUCGUCGUCGUCGUCGGGGCCCAUCCCGGAGAUCGUGGAGCUGAACGUGGGCGGCCAGGUGUACGUGACCCGGCGAGGCACGGUGCUGUCGGUGCGGGGCUCGCUGCUCUGGCGCCUCUUCUCGCAGCAGGAGCCGGCCGAGCUGCCCCGCGACGCCAAGGGCCGCUUCUUUCUGGAUCGCGACGGCUUCCUCUUCCGAUACAUCCUGGACUACCUGCGCGACCAGGAGCUGGUGCUGCCCGAGGGCUUCCCGGAGCGCAACCGCCUGCGCCGGGAAGCCGAGUACUUCCAGCUGCCCGAGCUGGUGCGCCGGCUGGCGGCUUCGGGCUACUCGCCGGGCCCGCCGGGGCGCUUCGCCGGCCUGCUGCGCGACUCUUCGGUCUGCGCCGACGAGCCUCCGGCGGGGCUGAGCUACCUGGAAGCGGACUUCACCGAAGGGCCGGCCCCGGCGGCUUCUCCCACCUCGGGCCGCAGCCCGUCGGGGGGGCCGCCGCCGCCGCCGCUGGCCGCCUCGCUCUCGCUGGACGCCGGCGGGGGCGGCUCGGGCGGGCGGCGCUCGGGCUACAUCACCAUCGGCUACCGGGGCUCCUACACCAUCGGGCGGGACGCGCAGGCCGACGCCAAGUUCCGACGGGUGGCGCGCAUCACGGUGUGCGGCAAGACGGCGCUGGCCAAGGAGGUCUUCGGCGAGACGCUGAACGAGAGCCGCGACCCGGACCGGCCCCCCGAGCGGUACACGGCCCGCUACUACCUCAAGUUCAACUUCUUGGAGCAGGCCUUCGACCGGCUGAGCGAGGCCGGCUUCCGCAUGGCCGCCUGCUCUUCCACCGGCACCUGCGCCUUCGGGCCCGAGCAAGGCGGCCCCGCCGAGGACAAGAUCUGGACCAGCUACACCGAGUACGUCUUCUGCCGCGAAUGAAGGCGCCCGGCGAGAAGAAAGCCGCCGUCUGAGGGGCUGUGGCGGGAGACAGACCGGACCCUCGCCGGGGGAAACAACAACAACAACCCCGCUUUGCCCUGCCCGGCUCCCUCCCCGUCUUUUCCGGCCCGCCGGCACCGGCGCUGC